GCGUAGUUCAAUGAGCGGGUGAAUCAUCUCUGUAAAGAGAUAAACAUUUACCCCUUUUCACCCGCGACAGGUCCCCCUUCUUUAAGACAGGCGACCCGACUGUACUUAUCUACCUGCGAUAAAGCAUGAAGGUUACCCUUGUUAACACUAACUAUAACACCAAUGUAAAAGAAAUGGAACUGAUAGGCAAUGAUUGUGAUCCUCGAAGGUUAUUGAAACUGAAUAAAAAUCGGGCACAGCCUUUCUGCUGGCACAGUUCAUUUUCAGUUUUGGUGUGAUACAGGUCUUUCAAGAUGUUCACCCUUUCCGAUGUAUUGUCCGACUGGCGGUAUUUUGACGUUGCCGUUGUGCGCUUCGCUGAGAUUGCCUUCCGUAAUCCUGUGAGCCGGUACCGUCGCCUGAAUGUAAGUGAUCGGAGGCUGUUUGCCACACUCCUAAACGAUGCUAAGGUUACGGGUACCUCUUUGGAUUUUACACCGUUUUCAGGGGAAGUUUGGGAAUUGGACUUCUAUUACAGUACGUAUCCCGGCUACGCGAAGUAUCGCGAUUUUUAUUCCCACAACUAUGCUAGACUUCUGUGGUGGCUUGAGUCAGGUGAGGAUGUUUAUCAUCCGUCCCCCCGACGUUCCGACUUCCAUUCAGAGGUUUUGUUCUCCACGGUGGAGGCUCGGCUGGCAGCCCGACUGGUCGCGCUGGAAGUUUUGAACCUCUGGGGGAGAAUCCGGAAUCUGAAGCCUUAUAAUUUUUUCCUUUGUCAAUUGCAAUCCGAGGGCAUCAUAGGCUAA